AUCGUGAAUAAACGUAAGUGCUCCCCGAGCUCACCCGUCCGCUAGAGUAGCCUAGCACCGCCCUGUUCUGCCCCGUCCUGUCUUGUCUUGUACCCCCUCCCUCCCCGUCUUGCCCCAACGUCCCAGUAGUGGACGUUACAGAUUGCCUCGGGCACUCCUGCACCAUACGGCCUCGGACGAGCACCACAAGCCAACCAGUGAUCAAGCACCAUCGUUACUACAUAGCGUUCAAUUUGAUAUUAUGCCGUCGCCAGCGCCGCUAUGCGGUGGGAGGUUGCAUCAGGCACUCCUGCACCAUACGGCCUCGGACGAGCACCACAAGCCAACCAGUGAUCAAGCACCAUCGUUACUACCCAGCGUUCAAUUUGAUAUUAUGCCGUCGCCAGCGCCUCUAUGCGGCGGGAGGUUGCAUCAGGCACUCCUGCACCAUACGGCCUCGGACGAGCACCACAAGCCAACCAGUGAUCAAGCACCAUCGUUACUACCCAGCGUUCAAUUUGAUAUUAUGCCGUCGCCAGCGCCUCUAUGCGGCGGGAGGUUGCAUCAGGCACUCCUGCACCAUACGGCCUCGGACGAGCACCACAAGCCAACCAGUGAUCAAGCACCAUCGUUACUACCCAGCGUUCAAUUUGAUAUUAUGCCGUCACCAGCGCCUCUAUGCGGUGGGAGGUUGCAUCAGGCACUCCUGCACCAUACGGCCUCGGACGAGCACCACAAGCCAACCAGUGAUCAAGCACCAUCGUUGCUACCCAGCGUUCAAUUUGAUAUUAUGCCGUCGCCAGCGCCUCUAUGCGGUGGGAGGUUGCAUCAGGCACUCCUGCACCAUACGGCCUCGGACGAGCACCACAAGCCAACCAGUGAUCAAGCACCAUCGUUGCUACCCAGCGUUCAAUUUGAUAUUAUGCCGUCACCAGCGCCUCUAUGCGGUGGGAGGUUGCAUCAGGCACUCCUGCACCAUACGGCCUCGGACGAGCACCACAAGCCAACCAGUGAUCAAGCACCAUCGUUACUACAUAGCGUUCAAUUUGAUAUUAUGCCGUCGCCAGCGCCGCUAUGCGGUGGGAGAUUGCAUAAGGCACUCCUGCACCAUACGGCCUCGGACGAGCACCACAAGCCAACCAGUGAUCAAGCACCAUCGUUACUACCCAGCGUUCAAUUUGAUAUUAUGCCGUCACCAGCGCCUCUAUGCGGUGGGAGAUUGCCUCGGGCACUCCUGCACCAUACGGCCUCGGACGAGCACCACAAGCCAACCAGUGAUCAAGCACCAUCGUUGCUACCCAGCGUUCAAUUUGAUAUUAUGCCGUCGCCAGCGCCGCUAUGCGGUGGGAGAUUGCAUCAGGCACUCCUGCACCAUAUGGCCUCGGACGAGCACUACAAGGCACUCCAUGAACCAAGUCCCUUCGUUGUCCGGCUUCGACACCUGAUCGGGCUUUCUCUUUUUCUCUGUAGUGGUAUAUGACUCUUUGCUUCAGUCAAACGUCCAGGUAAGUUCAUCCUCUCUUUCCAAUCCAUUUUUCUCGAAUACAUAACCGUCCCACCG